CGCCGGGACGCCGAGAAUCUCCUCUGUCGCGCAAGCAGAGAAGCCUACAAUAUAAAAUAAAAAAAUAAGUCGACCCGUUUUAAACUUGUUUUAAAUUGUUAGGCGAGCUUAGCUCUGAGGGAAAAGCAGGGAGAAAGAGAGGGAGAGCGGAGGCAAGAGUGAAAGGAGAGAGCGAGAGAGUGCGCGUGGAUUGUUUCCUCUUCUUCCUUCUCCCUCUCUGUGUGUUUUGAUGUUAUUUGUGACGGAAUCCCCCCUUCAGUCUCUAAGAAUCCGGAGAGAGGCGCAAGAAGAAGGAGGAGGAAACGGAGGAGGACAGGAGAGGAGAGGAGGUGGAGGAGGAGGCGCGCGCGGACCUGUCCACGAGCCCUCUCACUGCGGAACGCGCGGGGCUGCCGCUGGAGAUCCCCCCAAAAACAAGCGCUGUUCUGAGGUCUGACUGACAGCCGCGCGUCAAACGGCUUCGGCUAAAUGGACCGGUUCUGACGCCUCAGCGGGAGAGGAAAGGCUUUCACUACCUUACCGGAGGAGGAGGGUGAGAGAGGUGGCGGCAGCGGCGGAGGGGGGUUGGGGGGUGGCUGGUCUUCAGAACCAGACAGGUGGAUUUAGCAGUUUUAUGGUGCCUUCUGGACGGAGAAGAAAUGGAUGGAUUAAUCUGACGAGGGAGACGUGUGUUAUUCCCACCCGAAUGGAGUAACAGGCUGCAAUGUCAUCUCCACCUGGCCGCCUGGAGAGAUGUGUCACGGGAAUGGGACCAAGUUUCAACACUUUUUAUCUGGUUUCACUGAUGCCGUGAGAAGAAACCAAAAUGCCAGCAAACCUACAGGUCUCCGCGGCCGCCUGCGCGGGCCCUCGCACUACGGGAGCACAACCCAGCAGCAACAUUCCACACUCGGACUCCGAAGAAGAAGGUGCAAAACGUCCACAGCCCCGACCCUGCAGCAGCUGCCACGCUUCUUUGUGACACAGACGGGUAUGAUGGGUGUAGUGGGCUGGACCUUGGUCCUACUCUUCUCAGUCACAAUGCCCGUGGCAUCUCAAAAGCCUCCAAAACUCAAGGUGGGUGUGAUUCUAGGCCAGACACGCCCAGUAGCUGACCAGAACCUCAAGCCUCCUCAACGCCCUGAUGAUCCACUUGAAACCUCUGUGUUCAUCCUGAAGAUCAACCAGACAGACCCAAAGUCUGUAAUCAUAGAGGUUUGUGGGCUUGUGUCUCGCGAAGGUCUCCAUGGCCUUGUGUUUGCUGAUGGCACCGAUCAGGAGGCCAUCGCCCAGAUCCUAGACUUCCUGUCUGUUCAGACACAGCUUCCAGUUUUGGGUGUUCAUGGAGGCUCCUCUAUGAUAAUGGCUGAUAAGGAUGAGAAGUCCACUUUCUUCCAGUUUGGCGCAGCCUUGCAGCAGGAGGCUCUUCUCAUGCUUGCAAUCAUGGAGGAGUAUGACUGGCAUGUUUUUUCUAUAGUAACAUCCAAGUUCCCCGGCUAUCAGGACUUCAUCAGCACUCUGAAAGUGACUGUGGAUCACAGCUUUGUGCGCUGGGACCUGCAGAGUGUUGUGACACUAGAUGCUGUAGAUGGUGACCCCAACUCAAAAUCACACAUUGCCCUCAAGAGGAUACAGAGCCCUGUUAUACUGCUGUACUGCUCCAAGGAUGAGGCAGUAUAUAUCCUGGAGGAAGCUCGGUCGUUGGGUCUAAUAGGAGCCGGUUACAUCUGGAUUGUGUCAAGCCUCACCACUGGAAAUCCAGACUUUACCCCUGAGGUAGUGGAGCUCACGAUGUUGUAAACAGGUGGCCACUUU